AUGGUAUCGAUGAUGCGUGACCAGUGCGAAGCGGAGUUAACAGCGGAAUUUGAAAGGCAGAAGGAUAUGAGCUGUUGUAAAUCGCAAAAGUUAUUGGUGUUGAACAGAGGUUCAGUAGAUGAUGCAGCUUGCAAUUGGGAGAGUGGUUGUACGAUGGAGAUAAAGGGUGGAAUUGAGGUUGGUUUGUUGGUGAAUUUAAAGAUGGAAUGGAGUAUUAAUAGUGAUGUGAGGAAGGUGGUGGUUUGGGUUGAAGAUGAAGUGGAUAUGUGUGGGUGA